AUGCCCCCCCAAAUCAAACAAGACCUGAAUAGGUCAGGAUGGGAAAGCACCGACUUUCCGUCAGUUUGCGAAAACUGUCUCCCCGAAAAUCCUUAUGUGAAAAUGCUCAAGGAGGACUAUGGUGCUGAAUGCAAAUUGUGUACAAGACCUUUCACAGUAUUCAGCUGGAACGGCGCAGAUGCUGCUCACGGCCGAAAGAACAAGACCAAUAUUUGCUUGACAUGCACUCGGCUCAAGAACUGCUGCCAAAGUUGCAUGCUUGAUCUUUCUUUCGGUCUGCCCAUCGCGGUUCGUGAUGCCGCGCUCAAGAUGGUCGCCGCUGGCCCUCAGUCAGACGUGAACCGAGAAUAUUUUGCGCAGAAUAACGAGCAACUGAUUGAAGAGGGCAAAGUCGGCACGGAAGAGUACGAGAAAACGGACGACAAAGCGCGGGAGCUGCUACGUCGACUCGCGACAAGCAAGCCAUAUUUCAGAAAAGGACGCGCCGUCACCGAAGCCGAGCUCGCAGGGGCCAGCGCAGGGGGCAGCGCCGCCGUCGGGUCUGGCGAAGCAGGUCCAGGUCCGGUUCGAACUCGCGAUCGCAAAGCAGCGGCAGGUGCCAGGUCACGAGGCGGGAGGGCUCGCCCAACAUUCCCCAGCGUUGCGCAACUACCUCCAAGCCCGAAAGACUGGCUUCCACCGGAUAACACGAGCAUCAUGUCACUUUUUGUUACCGGAAUAGAAGACGAUUUGCCGGAAUACAAGUUGCGAGACUUCUUCAAAGCUCACGGCAAGAUUAAAAGCUUGGUGUGCUCCCACAUGUCGCACUGCGCCUUUGUCAAUUACGAAACCCGAGAAGCGGCGGAAAAGGCUGCUGCGGCUUGUCAGGGUCGCGCAGUGAUUGCGGGUUGCCCUCUUCGCGUCAGAUGGGGUCAGCCCAAGGCAGUUGGCAAUAUGAACAAGGAAGAGAGAACCCAGAUGCUACGCGAUGCACGCAUGGGAGUCCCUCGGAAUCCCCGGUAUCCAAGAGCCAUUGAAGGGGACUCGCAAGGUAGCGCUUCAAACAUCACUGGUCCUGCGAGUGUUGUUGCGGCGCCGCCUGGAUCAGAAGAUACCCCGAAUUACGCAAGUCUCUUGGGGGACUGA